AUGGCCUCAUCGCACGGAGAUCUACGUCAUCUGCUGCCAGGCAAUUACAAGCGCCAGAUCGCCUCCUGGCUGGAAGAGGACUGUCCCAGCCUGGACUAUGGCGGCUUUGUCGUCGGCGAGUCAGAGGGUGAAGCCCGGUUACUGGGAAAGAGCAAGGGUAUUCUCGCCGGCGUACCAUUCUUCGACGAGGUGUUUUCCCAACUAGGCUGCACAAUCGAGUGGCACAUCAAAGAAGGCGAAACAAUCACGCCCAUCCAGCAUUGCGCAACCGUGCGCGGACCCAUCCGCAAGAUCCUCCUCGGAGAGCGCGUAGCGCUCAACAUCCUCGCGCGAUGCUCCGGCAUCGCCAGCAAAAGUGCCUCGAUGCUGGCGGCACUGCGCGCCGAGGGGUGGCAGGGUAUUUUGGCUGGAACAAGAAAGACCACGCCUGGGUUCCGGCUUGUUGAGAAAUACGGGAUGCUUGCCGGCGGGGCCGAUCCGCACCGACACGAUCUGAGCUCGAUGACGAUGCUGAAGGAUAACCACGUGUGGGCGUGCGCGAACAACCGAGCCGCAGCGGACGGGGGUGUUGCUGACCCAACGUCGAUUCAAUCUAUUGCUGCGGCGAUUCCUCGCGCUGUGCAGGCUGCUAAGGCUACCGGGGGCUUCUCUACUAAGGUUGAGGUUGAAUGUCGAAGUGUUGAGGAGGCCAAUGCGGCGAUUGAGGCUGGAGCCGAUAUUAUUAUGUUGGAUAAUUUUACGCCGGAGGGGGUGCGGAAUGCUGCGGCGCAAUUGAAACGCGAGUGGGCUUCGAAAAGGGCUUUCUUGAUUGAGGUGAGUGGUGGGUUGACGGAAGAGAAUGCACCGGCUCAUGUCUGUGCCGAUAUCGAUAUUCUGUCGACGAGUUCGAUUCAUCAAGGCACGGGAAUUGUGGAUUUCUCGCUCAAAGUAUCAUUGCGGUAA